AUGGCGGCUGAGAAGGGCGCAAUCCUGUAUGCCUACUGGUUGUCAUCAUGCUCUUGGCGGGUGCGAGCAGCCUUGACAUUGAAAAAGAUCCCGUUUGAAGAGCGCACAGUAGAUAUAGUAAAAGAAAAAAAACAGUUCACUGAAGACUACCGAGCUAUCAAUCCUGCGCAGAAGGUACCAGCACUGGCUAUAGACAAUGUGGUACUCGUGGAAUCAAUGGCCAUCAUCCAGUACUUGGAGGAAACCCGUCCGCAGCCAGCCCUAAUACCAAAAACACCGCUGCUAAGGGCACGCAUGAGAGAAAUAUGUGAGAUUGUGGUAUCAGGCAUCCAACCUCUACAAAACUUUGGUUUAAAACCCCAAUUUGAAACGGAAGAUCAAUUCCAGAAAUUCACCAAACACUUCUCGGAACGCGGAUUACCAUUACAGUUUUAUAACGCUUAUUCGAGAUAUUCGUUGGACUCGGCGAAGUAUCCUACAAUUUCCGAAAUAUAUAACACAUUGUUGCAGCAUGAAGUUUUUCAAAAAACUCACCCUAAAAAUGUUAAACCUAAAAAGUAA